AUGAUCCCUUCAGAAUAUGAUGGAAAACUUCAACUGGACAGUACUACAGACUGCUUUCUUCUGGCAGCAAUGGCCUAUGACCGCUAUGUGGCCAUAUGCAGACCACUGCAGUACCACACUCUAAUGUCAAAGACACUCUGCAUUCAGAUGACCACAGGAGCCUACAUAGCUGGACAUCUGCAUUCCAUUGUUCAAGUAGGACUUUUAUUGAGAUUAACUUUCUGUAGGUCUCAUCAAAUCAAUCACUUCUUUUGUGAUGUCCUUCCAUUAUACAGACUCUCUUGUGUUGACCCUUAUAUCAAUGAAUUGAUGAUACUUAUCUUGUCAGGAUUUGUUCAAAUUUUUUCUAUUACAGUAGUACUAAUCUCUUAUUUCUAUAUUCUUUUCACUAUCUUCACAAUGAAAUCCAAAGAAGGAAGAGGAAAAGGUUUAUCUACUUGUGCAUCCCACUUUCUCUCUGUGUCAAUAUUCUAUGGUUCUCUGCUCUUCAUAUAUAUUAGGCCAAAUUCAUUUAAUGAAGAUGAUAAAGAUAUACCUGUUGCUAUUUUUUAUACUCUAGUCAUUCCGUUAUUAAACCCUUUCAUUUAUAGUCUAAGAAAUAAGGAAGUAAUAAAUGUUAUCAAAAAAAUUAUGAAGAUAUGA